AGAGCCCUCUACAGAGACGUCAUGCAGGAGAACUAUGAGAAUGUGACCUCGCUGGGAUUUGCAGCUUCCAAACCUGAUGUGAUCACCCAUCUGGAACGAGGGGAAGAGCCGUGGCUUCCAGAGCUCCAGGGCUCUGAGGAAAGAGGGAUCCUGGGAGCCACUAGCCGAACAGGUGGCAAGAUGGUGAGUGAGAAGGAGGAGCAGAAUCCUCGGCAGGAAGCGGUUGAGCAAAUGCCACCACAUGUGGCCAGAUCCCAAGGGAAUGUUUCCUGGAGUCAUGAGCAGAGAAAAGCCUGUGAGCAUCAGCGCAAGUCAGAGAAGUGGCAGGAAAACCAAUCAAGGGAGAAAGUUGGUAAAUCUAUCAAUUAUCAGGGAAUUCAGAAGGGUCUCAAGGAAACCAAAGCCCAGCAGAGCAUCCCUGCGGGAGAGAGAAAUAACACAUGCUCUGAGUGCGGGAAAAACUUCCACAGCCACUCACACCUUAUCAGACAUGAGAGAAUCCAUACCGGAGAGAGACCCUACGAGUGCUGUGAGUGUGGGAAAAGCUUCACUCAGCGCUCGCACCUUCUUACACAUCAGAGACUCCACACAGACGAGAGCCCUUAUGAAUGCCAUCAGUGCGGAAAAAGCUUCAAGGAGAGAUCAAACCUUCUUACACAUCAAAGAAUCCAUACAGGGGAGAGACCCUAUGCAUGCUGUGAGUGUGGGAAAAACUUCAGUCAUCGCUCAGCCCUUGUUGUACAUCAGAGGAUCCAUACAGGAGAGAGACCCUACAGAUGCUGUGACUGCGAGAAAAACUUCAGUUCCCAGUCAGACCUUAUUAAACAUCAUAGAAUCCACACCGGGGAGAAACCCUAUGAGUGCAGUGAGUGUGGGGAAAACUUCACCCAGAGUUCUGCCCUGAUUACACAUCAGAGGAUGCACACAGGAGAGAGACCCUAUGCAUGCUGUGAGUGCGGGAAAACCUUCAGUCAUAGCUCUGCCCUUGUUACGCAUCAAAGGAUCCACACGGGAGAAAGACCUUACAGAUGCUGUGACUGUGGGAAAAACUUCACUUACUGCUCAAACCUUAUUAAACAUCAGAGGAUCCACACAGGGGAGAGACCCUAUGCGUGCUGUGAAUGUGGGAAAACCUUCAGUCAGAGCUCACACCUUAAUAAACAUCAAAGGAUCCACACAAGAGAGAGACCCUAGGAAUGCUCUGAGUGCGGGAAGUGCUUCCGUCAGAGCUCGGCCCUUAUCAUCAGAGAAGCUGCAAGGGAGAGAAGCACCGUAACAAAAUUGUCUAGGGCAGAGAAAAGGUUUUUUCCCACCCCCUUUACACUUUUGCUGUUUCCCACAUUGUGAACAUUAAGGCUGUUAGGAGCAUUUGCGCCACUGUGAUCUCUCAGCUUCCUCAGCUGAAUUGCCCUCCUCUCCCUUUGGCCGCUCACCCUUCCUUAAGGUGAAUCCCAUGGUCCUUUUUAUCAACUCCCAGGUCAUGGAAACGUGUUCCCCUCCAACAGGAAUGUCCAUCAGCUCCAGGUGGGGAAAACAGGGGUAACCUCAACUGGCUACAUUGAGGUUAAAUCUACCUAGGCUUUGUCCCCAUUAUGAUUUUCCAUGGAGUUUGCUAGCGAGCGUUAGCUACCCUGACGUAAAACACAACUAUUCUUGCACUAAAAAAAAUAGUCCACAUAGAGUCACUGGGCUAAUCCAGUAUGUUUCGACAUAACCUCCAUCAAUUUCCUAGUCUAAACAAACCCGCAGCAUCACAUUUAUACUCUUCUUUCCACUGAAAAGUGAUAGUCACCCAGUUCCAUGAUCGGGGAUAGAUUGGCUCAUUCUCAGGUCUUCUCACAUUGCACUGGGUUCUGCUGAAGAGCAGCUAUUCUUGUACCAUUUUUCUCAUGUAAAUACAUUUAAAUAUAAUAAAGAGCAAGAGAAGGGGGAAAAAAGUGUUUUUUUCAGCCGCUGUGACACCCGAAGUUGACGGGGUGAGUCGGAGGGAUUCCCACCUCCCUCGUCACUCCAGCAGUGUUGCCUUCUUGCUGAGCUGAAUGAGUUUUAGCUUCUCCACAUUUGACACCUCCCCAGUGUCAUGUGAUGCAGCGUUCUCAGCGCUCUGUGCUUGGGAAGCAUACUUUGAUUUCUUUGGUCUUUCUGGAGAUGAAGGUGUCACAGAUCUGGGAGAGGAAUUUGAAAGGAUACCAAAUGCAAUGUGAGCACUUGGAGUAUAAAUCCAUUUCUGUCUGUUGGCAAAGCCUCUGCUAGGUUUUUUUUCCUACUGAUCUGGGAUUGUUUGCGGAUGGGAAGCCUGCUCAAUAACAUCUGCUGAAGCCACUGGCCUCCCUCAGCCCUUACUCCCAGCAGAAUCUGCUCCUUGCUGAAAAUGGGGCUGUGAAAGGGGGCAAAUCAGAAGGGAGGGUUGGGCAGAAUUUGUGUAGGGGAGGCAAGCUGAAUGCAUUGGUGGGUCAAAAUGUGGAGGCAUGAGAGGCAGCGGGGCAAAGUUAGGGCCAGGGAGUAGGAACUGGUGUUAAGAAAAGGGAAGAUGCAUGGCCAGAUCAUGGCGAUAGGGAGGGGUACAGGGAAUAACACCUCAUAAUUGGGGGAGCCUUCCAAAGUGUUUUCAAACCUAGAAUGUAGAGGCAGAGAGGCUUUACUGAGCCCCACAGGAUGGUCCAUCUCCGUACCCCCUGCCCAGGGCUGUGUUCCUGAAGGCACGUCCCUAGGCCUAGACGAGGCAGCUGAUCCCGAUCUGAAAUGGUGUAUGGAGCUGCUGAAGGAGACUGGAAGCAGUGACACAUUUUUUACAUCCUCUCCUUAAAAACUGAUAAUUUUCAUACAUGUUUUUGGAGUUUAAACUUGGGAGUGCUUGGUAACAGCAAAGUAGCAACCCAUAGACUAGCAGGGUUGGAAGGAACCUCAGGAGGUAUCUAGUCCAACCCCCUCCUCAAAGCAGGACCAAU